AAAAACGCCAUCCAAACAGCACCUUCUCUUUCUUUCUCUCUCUUUUAAAAGACACCUUGUGGUUUUUCUCUGCCCUUUUGUGCUCUCUCUCUCUUCGUCUUCGUUAUCGUGCGCUUCUUCUUGUUCUCUCUAUUUCUCUCUCUCUUCGCUUUCGAGACAAUCUCAUCCUCACAGUUUUUCGCGUUUCGAUCUCAACACUAGCCAUCAUGAGUGACGAAGGAGAAAGGACUUGUCCUCUCUGUGCUGAAGAGAUGGAUUUGACCGAUCAGCAGUUGAAGCCAUGCAAAUGUGGUUAUGAGAUAUGUGUCUGGUGCUGGCAUCACAUAAUGGACAUGGCUGAAAAGGAUGACACAGAGGGUCGAUGCCCUGCAUGUCGUUCCCCUUAUGAUAAGGAAAAGAUUGUUGGGAUGGCUGCAAACUGUGAGAGAUUGGUGAAUGAGAUUCAUAUGGAGAAAAAGAUGAAGAAUCAGAAAGCAAAGACUAAAUCUUCUGAUGGCAGGAAGCAGCUCAGUAGCGUGCGAGUGAUUCAGCGCAACCUUGUUUACAUAGUUGGGUUGCCUCUCAACUUGGCAGAUGAAGAACUUCUCCAGCGCCGAGAAUAUUUUGGUCAGUACGGGAAGGUCUUAAAAGUGUCGAUGUCGCGGACAGCUGCUGGUGUCAUUCAGCAGUUUCCAAAUGAGACAUGCAGUGUAUAUAUUACUUAUUCAAAGGAGGAAGAAGCAAUUCGCUGUAUUCAAAAUGUACAUGGAUUUGUUUUGGAGGGUAGACCUCUAAGGGCUUGUUUUGGGACCACAAAAUAUUGUCAUGCAUGGCUCCGAAAUGCGCCUUGCAGCAAUCCUGAUUGUUUAUAUCUACAUGAGGUUGGCUCUCAAGAAGAUAGUUUUACAAAAGAUGAAAUAAUUUCAGCAUACACCAGAAGUCGAGUUCAGCAAAUCACUGGUGCCACAAACAACACGCAAAGGAGGACGGGGAGUAUAUUACCUCCACCGUUUGAUGAUGGCAUGAAUAACUCCUCGGCAAAGCCUAUUGUUAAAAAUGCUUCAAGUAACUCUGUAUGCACGGUAAGAGGUUCACCUCCUAAUGGAUUUUGUGGGAGACCUGGAGCUCUUCCUUCUAGUUCUUCAUGGGGAACCCAAACUACAAAUUGUCAGCCCUCUGUGGGAGGUCAAUCAUGUCAAAAUGGACCAUCCAAGGCAAAACCUGAUACAGUUGGCAGCUCACUACCUUUUUCUGCUGCUGUUGUUGGUACAGUUCAGGCUUCUGCAUUGCAUUGUGAUGUGACAAAAAGGCCACCAUCAGGUGAUGGGAGUCAUGGUAUGCCUAGAGUGAAAAAUGGGCUGUUGAAACCCAUGAAACAAUACAAUAGUGUCGACAUUGUGGCUAGUACAGGUGAUAAAACUUUGGCUUCGGACAUUUCUCCCGUGCCUACAAAAUUGAAUAGCCAGUUGUCUUCUCUGACUUCUCAAGAUAGUGAUAGAGGUAGUUGUACUACACUAAACACCGUAAAUUCCACUUACAUCACUGGACAAUCAUGCAGCUCUGGUCCUGAGGAAGCAGUUACUGCUACCAAUGAAGAGAUUCAGAAUUUGUCCUGUGAGUUAUCCUCCAUUGACAUUGAUGGAGAUGCUGCAAAAGAAAAUUCCAGCAUAACCAAACCUAGUAGCCCGCCUUCUGAUUUCUUGAUUAAAUCUCCUGAAAUUCAACGAACACAGCAAAAUGUUGACAAAUUUAGAGAUUUAAUAACUUCAAAUGAGGCUGGUAAAGGUGCUAGCUCAGAUAAUGGGGUUUGUAGUUCAAGGGAACAUUUAGAUUGGAGAUUGGAUUCUCAUUCACAAUUAGUUUCAGAUAGUGUUGAAGAUGAUGUAGCAUCUUUUGAUAAUCAAAGACUUAAGGAUCCAGAAGUUGUUUGCCGAUCUUAUUUGCCAAAGUCAACCAGUUUCCUUCAUGUAUCAAGCCAUUCUAGCCCUCAUCUUCAGCAGCUUGGUGAAUCAUGUACUGGUGCAAAUGCUGGUUCUGUGUCAGCUAAUGAAAGAGAUAGGAAUGAAUAUCUUUCAAAUUCCUCUGUAUAUAGUGGAUACCCUGAAAAAUUGGUCAGCAGCAGUUCUUAUGGUUUGCUUGAUGAAAGGAACAGACAAAGCAUUGGAAGAUUAGUUAGUGAAGCAGUUAAUACUGGACGAGAUUGUGCUAUUGAUAAGGGUGAGAGUAGUAUAAUUUCAAAUAUAUUGUCUAUGGACUUGGAUCCAUGGGAUGAUUCAAUGACAUCACCACAUAAUUUAGCUAAGUUGUUGGGUGACAACACUGAAAACCAGUCUGGUUCGAUGAAGAAAUCUAGCUCCUGGAAAGUUCAAAGUAAUAAUCAAUCUAGAUUCUCUUUUGCGAGGCAGGAGGAAUCCAAAUUUCAAUCCCAUGAUGUGCAUCCAUCUUAUGGUGUGAGCCAACCACAGCUAAAGACGUCCUCUGUCAUCCAUGAUUUUGUGGAAGGAGAUUACUAUAUGGAUAAAUUGGGCAUAGCAAAUGGUUUUUCCACAAGUAAUUUCGAGGAUGCUGAAAAUAUCAGCAGUGGUCAUUUUCUUCACUCUAAUAACAAGCUUUCAGCUGUUUCAAGAGCACAGGUUUCAGCCCCACCAGGAUUUUCAGUUCCAAGCAGGCCGCCACCACCGGGCUUUUCUUCUCAUGAGAGAGUGGAGCCGGCUUAUGACUCGAUGCCUGGGAAUUCAUUGCUUGACCAUUCCUCCUUUUUGAGAAAUUCAUAUCAAACACCCCCAACUGGAAAUAUCGGUGGUGCAGGGGAUAUUGAAUUUAUGGACCCUGCUAUUUUGGCUGUUGGUAAAGGGAGAUUUCAAGGUGCACUAAACACCCCAGCACUUGACAUGCGAUCUAAUCUCAUGCCACAGUUAAAUUACUUCGAUAAUAAUGAGGCCAGACUUCAAUUAUUGAUGCAAAGAUCUCUCUCACAGCCUCAACAGAAUCUUCGAUUUCCGGAUAUUGGGAAUACCUUUUCUCAGCUUGGAGAUUCUUAUGGUAUAUCUUCAAGGUUAGACCAAUCCCAGGUCAGUAAUAUUUCCCCAUACCCUCAGAUGUCUCUGCAGCAAUCUACGAAUGCAGUCAUGUCAAAUGGCCAGUGGGAUGGGUGGAAUGAGAUGCAAAGUGGAAAUAAUCUAGGCGUGGCUGAACUUUUGAGAAAUGAAAGAUUUGGAUUCAAUAAAUUUUACUCGGGAUAUGAUGAUUCAAAAUAUCGGAUGCCAAAUUCUGGUGAUCUGUACAAUAGAACAUUUGGGAUGUGACCUUGCGAGCCUAUGUAUUCUCUUAUUGUUGGCAUUGGUGAAGCUGUGCAGAAUUGGACAGAACAGUUUUUGUGUCACGGAGAUGAGACUGACUCCGGAUUGGUGUAAUGCUGUAUUGGGCUACCUAGUGAUGAAAUUCCCAAGAAGCAUUAAUCUAUAGCUGCAGUUGUUCUGGAUUUGCGGACGGGAGCUGUGCUGGUGUUUUCAAGACGUCAACCAUCAAUGCUAAUGACUAAUGUGAUCAAACUGCCGGUGCUAGCAGGUAGAUCUUAGUUGAGUGUUUUCCCUUCGGAGGGUGAGAACUUGUUGGUUCAAAAAAAAUCACAUAGUUUAAGUCACAUUUAUUGUUGUAUUUUUCCGUAUCGUUUAACCUCCCUUGUGGGUAUGUGGUGUAAUACUGUGGCAUGUCCGGCAAAGCCAAUUGGCUCCUUUCCUUUUUUUCCCCCUUAAAAAAAUCUCCAAGCUCUCUCUCUCUCUCUCUCUCUCUCUCUCUCUACUUUUGUUUGGGUUGAUGGUUUUGAGAAUGAAUGGGAGCCCGUGGUAAUGUUAUGAGCUUCCUUUGUUUGCUAUUAAAUUUUACUCCACUCCAUUUCACCA